AUCCAUCAGGGGGGAGCCCCGCCUUGUGGGAGGUGAAGCCCAGACCCUGCGGCACCUGCUCCCUCCCCCUGGACACCAACACUAACCGGUUGCUCCAUCCACACCUCCUCUCCCUUUCCACCCUCAAACGCCGACCGACUUACGCCCGACUUUCCCCGGCCAGCCAGCCACUCCUCUCGGCCGCGCUGGUGCCAGUGUGUUGUGUGUUGUCCUCCUGCCGGCUGCGAUGGCAACAGGCGGAGGCCGAGCGGAGGUGGCGAAGGGCCGGGUCAACCCACGACCCCGUGGUCUGGGUGUCUCCGCUCGGCUCACCCUGCAGCACGGCGGCUCAGAGCAGCCCGGUGCUCGGCUGCCGGCGCUCGGCCACGUGUGCUCCAGUUUUGGACAUAAACGGGGCCCAAGUCUGCUUUCGAGGUCCUACCACGGAACAAAAUGUGGUAAAUUGAGAUCUACAAGUCUGACCACCGUUGAGAGCUUACCAUGGGAAGUUCUGCUGAAGAUCUUUACAUACCUAGAUGUUUCUUGCUUGUUAUGUGCUGGUUGUGUCAGCAAGCGUUUCUACCAUAUGUCAAAUGACAAUUUAAUUUGGCACAGAAUCUACUGCUGCUAUUUUGUCUCCAAAAGCAAGGCUUGGAAACCAAAAGCUGUAGGUAUAGCUACUGAGAAGUUGAGUAGAAUUUCUAUCCAGGACAGUCCGCCAGGAUUUUGGAAGAAAGAAUAUAUACGUAAAUGUACAAGCUCUGGCACAAGAGGAGUUGGGCUGUUGCUGAAAUCCAUUAACCGUUACACAGGAUUACCCUCAAAAUUGAGAGAAGCAGUAAAAGCUCUUGGAAUUACCUGGAUGAUUGCUCUUUGCGAAAGAACUGGGAAAGAACAUGUCUACGAGCAAGGUAAAGCCUGCUUCAGUGAUACAUCUGCUACCGUAUGUUGGAACGGUGCAGUAUGGCCUCCUCUGUGUGGACUCAAGACACUGUGUGUGUAUGGAAUCACACCAUUAUUUCCUCCAAGUAAAACAGCCGGAAUGCAUGGCCCUCGCCGGCGAUCUCUACUUGUGGAAUAUGACCUGACAACUCUGGAAGAGUCCAGUACCUUUAUUGGCUGUGACAAACUUAUUAAGUUGAGGUGCUUAUACCCUGGCUUGUUGCUGGGUUGCUGGCAAGAGGAUGGGGAAUUGGCUGUUAUUGUUGCAAAUCUUCAUUUCCAUCAACUCAUUGAGAAGAGCACAUUAGGGUCCGUUUCCUGCCCAUAUAUGCCACCAUCUCAUGACCCAGUGGCAGAUGAUGUUGUCUCAGAAUAUGGGCUACUUGGCUAUCAUUGCCACAUUGCUUUGCACAACGGGAGAAGCUCUUGCAUGUCUGGCAGCUUUCACAACCUAUACUGCAGAAAAGAAUCUGUCCAGAAUGGCUUCUUGCAAAUAAUGAUCAUAAGUUUAGAGAAUGAGUCCCAGCACAGCACCAUCAGUGGAAGUAUCUACAUCCCUUGGAAUACAGAGUUCUUAAAAGGCAAAAUACAACAUUGUUGCUUGAUGGAUGUGACUGUUUUGGAUGAAACAGAAAAGCCAUUCUGGUGCAUAAGCUCACCUGUGGCUUUGCAAUCCACUUCUACACCUGACAUCCGAUUUAGCUAUCUGGGCCAGAGACAGACAAUUGAAUACAAGGACCAUGAAGGGAAAGUUCAUAUGGAGCUAAUAUGGUUGGAAGAACAACAGCAAUAUUUCAUAGUCAGUCUUGUUCUUUACCUCAAUGUUAGAAAAGUAAAUGCCUGGUUUUCAACAAGUUACUAACUGUCUACAUCAAUAUCUAUAUGGUAACCUUGCGAAAACAUUUGUUUGAUGGACAUAUACAAUUGGCAGUAGGUGUGAGUCACAAUGCUGCAUUAUUUGAGAACUUACAACGUGAAACAUAUUGAAAAGCUUAUUUGAUUCGAUUGUGACCCCCAGCUAUUGGAUUUUAGCUACAGAUGUCCACCAGCCUAAUAAAUGUUUAAAAACAUUUUACGUGAGAUUUAAUGAGAUUGAUUGGUGAUCGGUUGUUUAUUUACACCUGGUGAUACAUUUUCAUCCAGACAAAUUGCAGGGAAGUUCUUUGUAAUAGCAGCCAUUUGAAAGGGCCCAGGAUUUUUUUCAAGGCUGAGCUGCUGCAUUUGUUUGCAUCUGUAUAUACUCCAUUUAAGGACGGAUCUUUUGUAAACUGCAGGCAAAUUCAGGCAUAAUAUAUAAGGAACUAAAAAAAGCCUGACAAUUGAAAUAUCCAACAAAAAAAAAACUUAAAGUAAAGGAGGAAUGGGGCUGAAUAAUUGAGUGGCAAGCAAGCUGAGGUCUGGUAAUCUGUAAUAGAAGUGCAGAGAGCUUUUAAGUUUGCAUCCAACAAUUAUUGUUUGAAACGUAUAGCGGUGGGAAAUCUUUAUAUGUUUUGUUAGACCUGCAUCUUCACAUCUCAGCAGUGGAAAUUUACAACCAGUUAAUUUGAAUGAAAUGUGGUUCCUUGGCUCAAGAGACAUCAGUCUACUACAAUCGAAGUGCUGAUAAUAGCAGUUUCCAAUUGAGCCUAAGGAGACUUGGGGAAUAGGAUGGCUAAAGAGACACUUGUGGAGCCCAACAAUGCAACAGACUUUGAUGGUUACUUUAAGUGAAAGGGUAAUUAUAAUUAGCUGAUUAAUGAUGAAGUACUUUUGGGAUUAUUGUAGUAUUUAAAAAAAAUUGGUGUAUGUUUUCUUAAAGUACUUUGGUUGUAGAAACCCUUAAAAUGGAAAUGUAAUUAAUUGGAUAAAGCACAGAGCUGUUUCACAGACUGUUGUGAAGUUAUCUAAUCACAUUGGCCAUUUUGAAAGUGUUUUUGUUAAGGAACUGCCCAGAAACAUAAUAACAUUUAAAACCAGCUUCACACCAGUCCUUUGUGAAUCUGUGUCAGUUCACACAGUAAAAUUAAACUUAAUUGAAAUGCCAUACUUUGUAUCAGGUGGCAUGUUUGUACUUCACUUUUGCUUUGAGUCAUUCCUUUAACUUGUUUAUUUAAAUGUUAUAUGUCAUCUUGUUGCAUGUUGGGCCAUGCAAAAUUGCUGUAUUGUGUUUAUACUUAUAAUUUCAAGGCAGAAUGGAUAUAUUCAAAUAUUAUAAAUGAUGCAACUUGAGGAUUUCAGUGUCAUUUCGUUUGUGUAAACAAAAUAAAUAACUGGAGUCAAUAAUAUUGAUCUAUAUUGUAAGUUGACAUUGGAUGUGACAGUAUAUUUGAGUGUAUCAGUGUGUUCCUGAGGUUGAUCAACACUUUAUACUUGUAUGAAUAGCCUCCUGUGUAGACAAGAAUCUUGGCCAGGAGAUUAUACCAGGUAUUUUGUAUUGUUUUUCAUAGUAAGGUUCAUAUCCUGUAUUGGUAUUGCAUAAAUAAAAGGAUAUUAUGGAU